CAAAUUGACAACUACAAAGAAAAAAGUUAAAAAUAAAAAAAUGUUUUGGAAAUUAAUUAGUAUCUCCAAUUUCGAACCCUGCAAAUUUUCACUAGAAAGUGGAUCUCUGACAUUAUUUUUAAAAUAAUUAGCGAAUUUCUAGUUUCAAAUUGGUUAUCGAGUUACAUAACCUCAACUCCAGGGGCUUCCUGGAAGAUGAGUUCUACAGCCACAAAAUACUUCUCGGCAACGACGGCAACUAAUAUUAAUUGGCAGGAAUUUGUCUGCGGAUGGGGCGCAGCUGUGAUAAACGUUUCCGUAACUUAUCCUAUAAACAAAUUGAUUUUUAGGCAGAUUCUUCAUGGAAUCCAUAUCAAGAGCGCCUUCGCCCAGUUACACAAAGAAGGAAUGUAUUAUCUAUAUAGAGGAAUCUUGCCACCUCUAUGUCAAAAAUCAAUAUCCCUGUCAUUGAUGUUUGGAGUGUACGAAGAAGUACGAAAGCCAUUAGUACAACAUAAUGUAAAUACUAGCUUAGCCAAAGUUAUAGGCGGUUUGGUAUCUGGUACCACAGAAGCCACCUUAAUGCCAUUUGAAAGAAUCCAAACCUUACUAGCGAAUGCCGAAUACCAUAAACAAUUUAAAAAUACAGCUCAUGCAUUUGUUGCACUGAGACAGUAUGGCUUUGCAGAAUAUUAUAGAGGAUUGACACCGGUAUUAUUACGCAAUGGACCUGCUAAUGCUUGCUUUUUUUUGUUACGUGAAGAACUGCAAGAACACAUUACUCAUUUAGAACCUGAACUUCUUAAAACUAGUGCAGAAUUUUUUGGAGGUGCGGUAAUUGGUGUAGUUCUAUCGACUUUUUUUUAUCCUUUAAAUGUGAUCAAAAUAGCCAUGCAAAAUAAAGUAGGAGGUGAUUUUCAUAAUCCUUGGAUAGUACUUGUUAGGGUGUACAAAGAAAGAGGCUGCAAAGUUCGAAAUAUUUAUCACGGUGUUCAGAUGAAUUGCACAAGGGCAUUUGUUAGUUGGGGUGUUAUGAACGCCGCAUACGAACACAUAAAGGCUAUCGUGUAUUGAAAUGUUAACUGUUGUAGGUUUUUCAAAUUUUAAUGACUAUUUUUUUACUUUGUUAAAUACAUGUAUAUUUUUGUUAUUUUAAUUUUAAGUACAAAGUUUAUAUUGUAUAGUGCAACAAAAAUAAUUACUGCACUGCUAUAUCCAAGUUGUGUGGUUCAUUGGGCUGAACUGGUGAUUAAAUUAUGUUUUGUUUAUUUAUUGUAGUGUCAUUAUUUUGCUGUGAAGUUUUUGUUUAAUAAAUGUUGAUUGUUCUUAA